GCCCUUUAAAAUAUGCUGCUUGAGACGGCGUUGCUUGAGUCGGCGUUCCGAAAUAACCAUGUUCAAGAUUACAACCAACCUUGACCAUUCUUCGAACCCAAAACUCCAGACUGUGAUUAAGCAAUUGAAGACAUGUUCAAGCUUCAAACACAUCGAAUCAGCGUAUGCCUUCAUGUUCAAGACCAACGCAAACGACGACUGUUUCUUCAUGAACCAAUUCGUCACCGCUUGUUCGACCUUUUGUCGAAUCGAUUAUGCACUUCUUGCCAUUACCCAGAUGAAAAAACCCAAUGUGUUUGUGUAUAAUGCAAUGAUAAGAGGCUUUGUUCACUGUUCUUCUCCGAUUCAAGCUCUACAACUUUACUUGGAGAUGUUGAGAGCCCACAUUUGCCCCACUAGUUAUACAUUUUCGUCGAUAGUUAAAGGUUGUGCAUUAAUAUCAGCUUUUCAAUUUGGAGAAUCUAUUCAUGGGCAGAUUUUGAAAAAUGGUUUUGCUUCACAUUUGUUUGUUCAAACUGCUUUGGUUGAUUUUUAUUCAAAUCUGUGUAAAAUGGUUGAAGCGAGACGGGUGUUCGAUGAAAUGCCUGAAAGAGAUGUUUUUGCAUGGACUACGAUGGUUUCGGCUCAUGCUCGAGUUGGGGAUUUGGGUUCUGCUCGAUGGUUAUUUGAUGAAAUGCCUGAAAGGAACUGCGCUUCGUGGAAUACAAUGAUUGAUGGGUAUGUGAGAGUGAGGGAUGUAGAAUCUGCGAAGUUAUUGUUCAAUGAGAUGCCCAAAAGGGAUUUAAUUUCUUGGACAAUGAUGAUCAAUUGUUAUUCGCAGAGUAAGCAGUAUAUUGAAGCAUUGGCCAUUUUUAAUGAGAUGAAGAGCCAUGGGAUCAGCCCUGAUGAAGUGACCAUGGCUACUGUUAUCUCGGCUUGUGCCCAUAUUGGUGCUCUGGACUUGGGAAAGGAAAUUCAUCUUUAUGUAAUGCAAAAUGAGUUUGAUCUCGAUGUUUACCUUGGGUCUGCGUUAGUCGAUAUGUAUGCAAAGUGUGGGAGCUUGGAUAGAUCCCUUUUGGUGUUCUUCAAGUUGCGGGAAAAAAAUCUUUUCUGUUGGAAUUCAAUAAUUGAAGGGCUUGCUGUACAUGGUUAUGCAGAAGAAGCAUUGGCAAUGUUUAGUAGGAUGGAGAGGGAGAAAAUAAAGCCGAAUGGUGUUACUUUUAUUAGUGUUCUUAGUGCUUGUACUCAUGCAGGACUAGUUGAAGAGGGCCGUAGGAGGUUCCUAAACAUGACACAUGAUUUUUCCGUUUCUCCUGAAAUUCAACACUACGGGUGCAUGGUUGAUCUAUUGUGUAAGGCUGGUUUGAUCAAAGAUGCAUUGGAAUUGAUACAGAGCAUGCGAAUUGUGCCAAACUCUGUUAUUUGGGGUGCUUUACUAAGUGGGUGUAAGCUUUACAAGAACUUGGAGAUUGCUCAAGUUGCUGUCAAUAAGUUGAUGGUUUUGGAGCCAAACAAUAGUGGGUAUUACACCCUUAUGGUUAACAUGUACGCUGAAUCAAGUCGAUGGAAUGAGGUUGCUAAGAUUAGAUCAACCAUGAAGGUACAAGGUGUAGAAAAAACAUCUCCUGGAUCCAGUUGGAUUGAAAUGGAUAGCAAGAUUCAUCUGUUUGCAGCUUCUGAUAAAUCUCACCCGUAUUUGGCCAAAAUAUAUGUGGUGCUAGGUGAACUAGACGGGCAUCUGAAGCUAGCUGGCUAUCAACCUGAGGUUGGGUUUAUGUAGUGGUUUGUUUUGAACAAUGAAAAUGUCAUUUGAAGACAUUGUGUUUGUGAAGCAGAUACAAUAGUGGGUUUACACCCUUCUGGUUAACAUAAAUGUAUAAUAAUUUGGGAGCUCAGCCUGGGUUGUCAGGACCACCUCCGAACCCACAGCGAAAUCCAUUUGGGAAUGCAUUUGUUGGAGCUGGUUCAGGACUCAUAAGAGGUGGACUAGGUGCUUAUGGAGAGAAAAAUUU